UGUCUGCAGCCUUCAAAUAGCCUGCUGCUUACUGCUUUUGCCAUCAUUGCAGAGGAUCCUUGACUCUCAGCGAAACUACGAGUAUAUCGAUCUUGUGAAACCACUUGACCAUGGACUCCCCAAUGUGCCUCGUUAAAAACGCCGACGGAGAGCUUUGCGUAGAACCAGAGGCCAUCGACUACCUGAUGGGACUGAAACAGAAAGUCGUAGUUGUGGCGGUGGUCGGGCUGUAUCGCACCGGAAAGUCCUACCUCAUGAACAAGCUGGCUCAGAAGAGAAGUGGUUUUGCCCUUGGAGCCACCAUCCAGUCCAAGACUAAGGGUAUCUGGAUGUGGUGUGUCCCUCAUCCUGAAAAAACAGACCACACCCUGGUGCUGCUGGAUACAGAGGGACUGGGGGACGUGGAGAAGGGGGAUUCUAAGAAUGAUGCCUGGAUCUUCUCCCUGGCCAUUCUGUUAAGCAGUACUCUGGUCUACAACAGUCAAGGGACCAUCAACAAUGAUGCUGUGGAGAAGCUUCAAUAUGUUAACGAGCUGACAGAGAUGAUCAAGGUGAAGUCUUCCACUGACGAUAAGGAGGAAGGAGAGGGCACCCAGUUUAUGCAGUUCUUUCCUAAUUUUGUGUGGACCGUCAGAGAUUUCACUCUACAGCUCGAGAUCGACGGCAGAGAAAUCACUCCAGACCAGUAUCUGGAGAAUUCCCUGCAACUCAAGAAAGGUACUAGUAAAAAGAUCAAUGACUACAACUUCCCGCGAGAGUGCAUCCGGAACUACUUCCCCUCACGCAAGUGUUUUGUGUUCCCCUCCCCUACAACUCCUGACAACAUGCACCGACUGGACUCCAUGGACGAGGCUGAGCUUUCUGAAAGCUUCAGAAAGGUCGCAGAUACUUUCUGCCGCUUCAUUUUCCAGGAGAGCCGUACGAAGACUGUUAUAGGGGGACACACAUUGACCGGAGAGAUGCUGGGCCACUUGGUCAACACCUAUGUGGAGACCGUAGCCAAAGGCAAUGUGCCUUGUCUGGAGAAUGCUGUGUUGGCCAUGGCUAAAAUUGAGAACCAGGCUGCUGUGGAUGAGGGCCUGGCGGUGUACCAGAAGGGAAUGGAGAAUGUGAAGGCUUUAUUCCCGGUGGACAUCAAUCAGCUGUCAGAGAACCAGCUUUGCUCAGAGGCCCAGGCCAGACAGGCGUUUAUGAAGCGAUCCUUCAAAGACGAAAAUGGGGAAUUCUUGAAAGCUCUUGCGGAGGCCAUUGGCAACCACAACGUCAACCUUUUCAAACAGAACAAGGAUGCCUCAGAGAAGAAGUGCAAGGCCCUUCUGGAGAAUCUGUCUGCUCCGAUGGAUCAGGGGAUGAAGGAGGGGACGUACGCCACACCGGGAGGCUAUGGGCUUUACUGCAAUCACCAUGACAACAUAGUGGCACAGUACCGGGCCGAGCCCAACAAAGGAGUCAGGGCUGAGGAGGUUCUGGAGGAGUUCCUGAAGGGAAAGAGUGCAGAGUCCAACUCCAUCCUGCAAGCUGACAAACAACUGACUGAAAAAGAGAAGGAAAUCCAAGCUGGGAAGAUGAAAACAGCUGAGCUGGAGCAGGAGGCGGCAGCAUUCAAGGAGCAACAGGCAGUGAUGGAGCGCACCAUUGAGAACAAUCGCAUUAGCCAGGAGAAGUACUUGAAGGAGAUGGAAGAGAAGAUGGAGGAGGAGAGGAAGCAACAGCAGCAGGAGUUCAAAAGGACCCUUGACCGCAGGAUGCAGGAGCAGAAAGAUCUCAUAGAGAAGGGCCAUAAGGUGAAGGCUGACCUAAUGAGGCAAGAGAUCGAGGAGAUAAAGAAGAAGAAUAAAUUAGAAAGGGACGCCAAUACUAAGAAAGAGAAGGAUCUGCUUGAUGGCUACAAGCAGCAGGCUGAGGGACAGAACAAAAAGAUUGGUGAGUUAAUGUCAGCGCUCAAAAAUAAAACACAGGCCCCCCAAGUUGUUAAACGACACUGUAUGGUAAUGUGAUCCACUCCACUCCACCUUGAAUUCCUGACUAUGAAAAGCCACCUGAUAUUGAAUCUUGAAGCGUUGAAGUGUUUGUCCUCUAUAGCCAUCAUUGUAUUUAUCUGGUUAUUAUAUUAUCUAUGACCAUCAUUGUGUUUAUCUCUCCCUGCUGGUUAUUAUAUUAUCUAUAACCAUCAUUGUGUUUAUCUCUCCCUGCUGGUUUUCUAUGAAAGUUUGAACAUCUUGAAAAACUAUCUGAACACCGACAUGCAUGCACACGGAGGCAAGCACACACACACAUAUGCACUCAUGCGAGCACACACUCUCCUAUCUUCACCCCCUCCCCCCCAAUGCCACCGGCCUAAAAAGGCCCUAUUGUCACUAUUUGCAAUGUCCUCCCUGUCAACAUCUUCUCUGCCCCGGUGUCAAUGUGACAGCACAAUCCAGCCCCUACUACAGUAUUUAUCAUUUUGGUACAAUUUUCUCAAUAAGUAUGUGUUGAAUUUUUAAUGGCCACAUGAGCCUGGUUCCUCUAUGUUUCUUCCUAGGUUCCUGCCUUCUAGGGAGUUUUUCAUAGCCACUGUGCUUCUGCCUCUGCAUUGCUUGCUCUUUGGGGUUUUAGGCUGGGUAUCUGUAAAUCACUUUGUGACAACUGUUGAUGUAAGGUCUUUAUGAAAUAAAUUGUAUUGAUUGA